AUGGGGACAGUACUUAUCAGUACUUCGUCUGCAAAGCAAUAAUAUACCUACAGUGGAAACAUUGAUGCCACAAAAAAUGGUUCUACUGGUAUCAUAGGUUCCCCAGGUUAUCCUGGAAACUAUCCAAACAACGCUGCCUAUACAUGGACACUGAAAACAGGAAAUCUGAAAGCCAGCGUCUCCUUGAGCUUUACCGACUUCAACAUCCAAAAACACGAGCACACUUCACGCUGUAAGGACUAUUUACAGAUAAAAGAGACAGAACCUUGUUGCUAUAAAGCCAUGCAUAGGUGUGGUCAUUUCAGUCCAUUUAGUUUGACAGUUACUGGUCGCAUUAUAACCAUUUCGUUCGUAUCAGAUACUUCGCUCAACGCCAAAGGAUUUAUUAUGACCUGGAAAGUACUCGUUCAAGAAACCCCAGUAACAAAUGCAUUUACAAAAACUUCAUGGAGCUCAGAUAUAUCAACGAAACUAUCACUGACAAGAACCAAGAAUCCGGAGGCAUCUACAGAAAGAACUAUCACUAUAGGUACACAGCUUUCAAACUGAGAUAUUAUUCGAAUUUAAAUAUGUACAUAUUCAACUCAUAACUGAUAGAUACGAAAGAUACUAUAAUUUCUUAAGAUUUAAGGAGGCUGUGGGGUCCAACAAAAAAAUUGUCUCCAAAAUUCACCGAAUUUGCAGAAAUGUUUCACAUAAUCUAAAUUUACAUUUUAUUGUGAAAGACCACAUCACAAUUAUCGUUAAUUUAUCAUUUAUUGCAUCUGAAAAAAUUGCAAAUUAUGUAAAAAAAAAAAAAAAAUUAUGAAAAAUAUAUGAAAUAUUAAUAAAGGCAUAAAACAUACCAAUAACAUCACAAUAAAUUAACACAAUUAUAACAAAAACUUAACAUUAUUUGUUACAAAGAAAAUUAUCACAAUUUUA